AUCGCGCGACGUCUCGCGAUACUUUAAGAGUCUUUGUGAGAGCACGAGGCGGAUAUCCGGCCUCUUUUCCGUGGCGGACGCUGAUAGAGACGGUCCCCCAAAAUGAAGCUCAACAUCUCGUUCCCAGCAACUGGCUGCCAGAAGCUCAUUGAGGUUGAUGAUGAGCACAAGCUCAGGAGCUUCUACGAGAAGCGCAUGGCCGCUGAAGUGCCUGCAGAUCCUCUUGGAGAUGAGUGGAAGGGUUACUAUGUGCGCAUCAGUGGAGGCAACGACAAGCAGGGCUUCCCCAUGAAGCAGGGUGUGCUGACCCACGGUCGUGUUCGCCUGCUCCUCAGCAAGGGACACUCCUGCUACAGACCCCGCCGUACCGGCGAGCGCAAACGCAAGUCUGUGCGCGGCUGCAUCGUCGACGCUAACCUCAGUGUGCUGAACUUGGUUAUCAUCAAGAAAGGUGAGAAGGACAUCCCUGGGCUGACCGACAGCACCGUCCCUCGCCGCCUGGGCCCCAAGAGAGCCAGCAGGAUCCGCAAGCUCUUCAACCUGUCCAAGGAGGACGAUGUCAGGCAGUAUGUGGUCAGGAGACCCCUUACUAAAGAAGGUAAGAAGCCCAGGACCAAGGCCCCCAAGAUUCAGCGUCUGGUGACUCCCCGUGUGCUGCAGCACAAGCGCCAGCGCAUCGCUCUCAAGAGACAGCGUACCCAGAAGAACAAGGAGGAGGCCGCCGAGUACGCCAAGAUGCUGGCCAAGAGGCUGAAGGAGGCCAAAGAGAAGCGCCAGGAGAAGAUCGCCAAGAGACGUCGCCUGUCUUCCCUGAGAGCCUCGCAAUCCAAAUCCGAGUCCAGCCAGAAAUAAAAUGCGCUCUUUGUACAUCACAAAUAAAACAUCAAAAUUG